AUGGGCUUUUUUCAAGGCAUUAAAGGUUGUGCAUUGGCUGAAUAUAAUUGGUGGCCAACAUUUGUAAUAAUAUUUUAUGUACUUUCCCCAAUACCGAUAGCUAUUGGACGUCGAUGCACAUCCGAUAGUAGUUAUACGAUGCGUGACACAAGCCCAUGCGCAGAUUUAAUGUGGUUCAUUACAAGUGUUAUUGUUGUUUCAGCAUUUGGCUUACCAGCAGUUAUGUAUCGAACUUCUAUCAUUCAAGUUGGGUCAAUGGCAUUCAUAAUGUCAGCUAAUCUAGUUAUUUUUACAACGAUUACAAUCUAUUUCAUGACAUUUGGAUCAGAUGACAGUUUGCCUAAUUUUUAA